ACUCGACCAUCUUGUCAGUUCUGCUUCAUCACCUCUUGUUCUCUUCUAUCACUUGCACAGAUUCUAGAAGAGACUCACCCCAGUGUUCACGGCUCACCAUUCUUGGCUCACGAUCCCGAAACCGUAGGAACAUUCUCAGUGUCUCCCGAUCCUGCUGGUAAGGUUUCGACUUUCCUUCUUUUUGAUUGGCUUUUUCGAAGAGUUCGCAGCACCAAUACUACGUUUUACACGAGUCUAUUGCAGUCAAAAGUGAUUUCAUUCAUGAUUGAUGAACUCAUCAGGAGCGGGAAUGUUACUUGUGGGAUUCUAAUUUCUACUCAUUUGUCUCAACAGCCGGUUUAGUUUUAGCGGGAGCUCUUACUCCUGCAGAGCAUGGGUCCAGCCACGGUCAGACAUCCUUCAGUGGGUACCUCCCUCCUCAUUUUGAUUCACAGCAUCACUCCUCCCAUGAUACCCACACCCAUCAUCACAACACCCCGUCCACCAUCUUUACACCUGGAGGGUCCUGGAGAUAUCCCUACCUCAGUGGAUCUGGUCUGUCUACAGUUACACAGGGCGAGUCCCAUUUGGAAUGUUUGUCCGUUAAUGAGGUAAUGGAUCUGGAUUCGGAGAGCCUUUCUUAAAUGUUAUAUUAUUAAACAGUAGUUAGGAUUUGUCUUUACUGAGACGCCUGCUAGGUAAGAAAGUUGUUGAUAGGUUGAACUUUAAUUCCUUCGCUGUUCUGCAAGAUUUAUUCGGAGAUUUGUGAGACAGUAUUCAUCUUCAAUAUCAUUCCCCUUGUGAUAACCUGGCACCAGGCUCCAUGGUUGGGGAAAGGGGCGAAUAGAAUGGAGCACAAAAAAUCGACGAGGAAAGCAAGCCGAGUUGGGGACUGGGGAGAAAAAAAAAGCGGCUGAACGGGGCUGAAAAUUUUCAAGGGAAGAUAUUAAAGCAAAAGGCUACAGCGGACUCUACCAUGGCAACCGGAAGUAAUUUUGUGAAAAUCAUGAUUAAAUCCUUCUACAUCUGAUUCAGUAGUCUAGCAUAAUAUAAUAGACGCACUGCAUACCUAUUUUCCUAUCACGGGAAACUAAGUUAUGGGACGAAACUGCGAAUGCUACGACACUAGGCAUGCCGAGUAAUGAGGGUUUGUGACGUCAACCGCCACCAGGGAAGGGGGGGGGGGAACUUCAACGUCACUUUCACUGCAAUCAGUUGAACUCGCCAGGAGGCGGGAAAAUGCAAAGAGAAGGCAUCGUUGCAUCAUGCCACUAGCGGGCAAACUCGGCAUGACGGAAAUUAAAGGAGUUUCUUAUUUCCCGCGUUACGGGAUAAUUAUGUAGGCAGUGAGAAUAGUUAAAUUUUGACUACUCACUUAACCCAUGUAGAACAGUUGUUGUAAUAUAGGAAAAACACACGACGCCGGAGAUUCGCUGAAAAAAAAAGCGUAAAAUAAUAUUGAGGGUUGAUUUGAACAAGGCCCUAUUUAGCAGUUCACAAAAGAGGAGUCACGGCCGAGCGGAAAGUGCUCCACACUCAGUCCCGGGCUUGGUGCUCCUUCUAGGGCUUGGCCCUCGACUUUGUCUUCAUCCUUAGCGCCCGGAUAAAUAGGGAGCUUUUAAAAAGCAACGACGACGGCGACGUCACGAGAAUGGCAAUCAAAACGUCACGCUUUUUUGUACAUUUUACGUUUGAAGGAAACAGUUAUUGCUUGACAAUCGUAUGAGGUUAUCAGCCUGUUUUCUUUCUUGUCUCCUCUCAAAUCCACAGACUGCGGCAGCGUUGCAGAGGAACACUCGCCCCAGUACUCACGAUUCACCGCUCCCUGUUUAUGGUCAAGAAACCGUAAGACCAAUUCCAUUGGCUCACUAUCGUGCUGGUAAGGCUUCCUUUUUUUGUCUACUCCUGUCAAAACUACAACAAAAUUCUACAAAUGAAUAAACGCCGUGAAAGAUUUAAGCACUAAUAUGACAAUGUUUAAGGACUUCCGGCGCUUGAAGUUCUUAUUUUCCCUGUCGAAAAAUAGGCAAAUCCCAGUUCGCGUUUUUUGCCUUCCAAGGCUUUCUUACUGCCAAAAGUUUGCGUUUUUAUUGACCCAGACGAGAGAGGAAGGGUUAUUUCAUGGUCAAAAGAGAUUAUUUCUUCUAGCGGGACAACCGCGGGAAAUCACGAGCUAGCCAGGAUAGGAUUCGGUUUAUUUUGCCCGCCCGCGAAUUCAGUCGUAUUACAGAAAGCCUUAUUAAAAUAAAAAGGCGUAAAAUGGCACCUUUUUUCUCGUCAGUAAUCAUUACUUUUCCAAUUGUUUAUUUCCUCAUGUUUUGUUUCGGCAAAGUAUGUAAUAUUGCAUCGUGAAAAGAGGGUUUGUAACAUUGGAAAAGGACGAAAUCUAGUUUAUGACUUAGUGGCUUUCGCUGUAUCAUCAUGUUACUUGUGGAAUUCUAAUUCCUUCUGUUGUCCUCUUUAGCGGAAGUUCCUAUUUCUGUGGCGCAUGGAUUCAGUGAAGACACAUCACUGUUCAGCACCCACCAUCACAGCGCCCCAUCCACCAUCUUUACCCCUGGAAGGUCCUUGGGUAGCGAAGCGUAUCCUGGUGGUUCUGGUAUGUCUACCUUCACACAUCCGCCUAAAAAGCAGGAAUUUUGUUCCCCUUAUGAAAUGCUGAGAAGACCACUGCAUGGAUUACAACCACAAACUACAAUUCCAUCGGCGUUUAAUCUUAGCGGUUUGGGUGUGUCUACAGUCACUCACCCGCUAAGAAUCCAAGAAGCGCCAAUUCCACCACUCCAUGGAUUGCAACACCAAAGUACGAUUGCAGAUGUUCCGAAUCUUACUGGUUAUGGUUUAUCAACCGACACCCUCCAACCACAAAUCCCAGGAUUGCGUGCCUCGUAUGAAACGCCUAGUCCGUCACUGCAUGAAGUGCAACCGCACCAUACAUUUCCAGACGCUUCUUAUCUUAGUGGUAGUGGCCUGUCUACAGUCACCCACCCACUAGGUCUCUCCGGACGUUCUUCCCCGUUUGGAACAAUAAGACCGCCACAGUAUGAGCUGCAACCGCAAAGUGUAAUUCCAGGCGAUCCGCAUCUUAGUGAUCCUGCUAGGUCUUCAGUC